CGAGAGCAGGGACCGAGCAAUGAAUGUGAGUAGGGACAAGGCUCAGGUAGACAUCUCCAUGCCCCAGGCACAGGCAGCAGUGGUAGUAGAAGCAGUCUCAUGCACCCUGCACAGUGGGGAGAUCAUGGACGAGCAGAGACUGUCAGCCAGCGACCACCCAGUGUAUGGCUGCCCCAGGGACAGGCAAGGGGACAGUCAGAAUGGCAGCACUCCAGGACAGGAGGGCAUAGUGCCAGCCCCACCGGUGCUCCACAGAACCACUUCCUUCUCGGUCCUGGACAUCCUGGACCCUAAUAAAUUCAACAGCAAACAGAGGCAUUGUACCCUGGUGUACAGCAAAGCCAGUGACUAUAUACUGAGGGCAGAGGACAAGGAAGAAGAGGUGGCCAUAGACCUACCGAGCCACAAACCUUUCCUAGAAGACUUCGACAACUGCAAAAAGUCCCCAGAUGUUCUAAAGGAUGGGGAGUUGUACCAGCAGGCUGGAGAUGAGUGCCAGAACCAAGACUUCAGCCCCAGCCAUGGCAGUGACCUGGAGGAGGAAGAUGAGGAUGAAGAAGAUGAAGAGGUUUGCAGUGAAGAAGGCAACAACUCCUCCUCUUCUGGUCCAGUGGACAGGGAGCCUGGUGCUGGUGUUGGGUCCUCACAGUCUGAAGAUGGCCUGGCAAGUCAUGGUAACACUCCUGGCUCUGGGCAAGUCAACUCCAAGACCCAACAGAACCAAGGGCAGAGCCAGCAUGGCAAACCCAAGAGGAAGAGAACAGGUUCUGACUCGAAGUCUGGCAAACCAAGGAGAGCUCGAACAGCGUUCACCUAUGAACAGCUGGUGGCUCUGGAGAACAAGUUCAAGUCUACAAGAUACCUCUCAGUAUGUGAAAGACUCAACCUGGCACUAUCGCUAAGUCUGACCGAGACCCAAGUCAAGAUCUGGUUCCAAAACAGACGCACAAAGUGGAAGAAGCAGAAUCCUGGAGCAGACACAAGUGCCCCUACUGGAGGGUCCAACCAUGGGAAUGGAGGUCCAAGUAUGAGUGGGGGGCUCAGUCCUCUAAGUCAUUCUCCCCCUAUGGGCAACCCACUGGGCAUGCAUGGACACCCAGGUUACCCAAGCCAUGCACCAAGUGGGCUUAUGUGUACAGCACAGUUACCCUUCCUCCCAGGCCCAGCAGUCCUGUCACCCUUUGUCUUGGGGUCUCAGUCUUAUGGAACCCCAGCAUUUUAUGCCCCUCACUUAUAAAGUGCGAUCACUGACUGUAUAGACUGGAACCAUCCAUUGGGCAAAGCACAAGUCUUCCUAGACUGGACUAUGCAGCCUGACUCUGCAUUCAAACAUAGGUGGCCCAAAGAGCUGGCCAUCUGAAUAGCUUGCCCCUCAAUAGCACUGAUGUUCUAGGUCUUUACCUCCCUAUUGUGAAGCUCAUUGACUCCUUUCUCUGGUAUGUACUAGAAGCCCAGCACCUUCAAUGUGUCCUACUAGAAACCCACUUACUGUAUACUGAGUUAACAUGGAGAGCACUUUAGCAAUGACUGUCUAACCUUCUAUGUACAGAAGAAAAUUUAAAGGGGAGUUUCACCUUUAAAAAAAAAAUAUUGAAAUAUUCCUGUAAAUUGUGAAAAUACAUUUAAAAUUAUUAUAUUUAUUUUAUUUUUUGCUCUUUUUUUUUUAAUGUUUUGCCUUUUUUAAAAUCAUAUAAAUUGCCAAAUCACCAACUUUCCUCAUGACUAUUGAAUAAAUCUAUAAUUGUUCUCAUAUAAAACAAAAAUCCAAUAAUUCCAAAUCCCUUGAGUAUAUUAGGUAUAGCUGUGAAUUCACAUUACAUUCCCUCUUCUUCCAAAUAGGAAAAGGAUUCCGACUUUUCAGUAUCGAUUGGUGUGUAAAUAAGGUUUUGUUUAGAUUUUGGGGGAUUUGAUUUUAUAAAUAAACAAAAAAAGAAAAAAAAAUGAUAUUCUGUGCCCAUUUUCCUCUCAGGGUAAAUAGGAGUUUAGGAAGUGGCUGUCUGUAAUAAUCUGCAUUGUUGAAAUAUACAAUGAUCCUUCCGUUCGUGAUAUCACGAUAUAUACAGUAUGUAUAGAAUUUAUGCAUUCGUAAAAAUUUCAUUGAAAAAGAAAAAAAAAGUAAGAAAAAAAAAUUCCUUUCUAGAAAUUCUGUUUGGAAUGUGCUGCAGAUUUUCCUAAGAUGCGAAAGGUUUCAGAUGUAACUAUGAAUCCAGUUUAACUGCUGUUAUUUUAUUGUAAUUUAACAUUUUUGUUUAUUUGUGUAAAUAUAUAUUUGUUGAUGAUGAUGAGGAGGAGGAUUAAUUUUUUUUUAUAUUUAAUUGUAUGACAAUAGGGGUUAUUAUAGAGAGAAUAUUUCAAGCACUUUGC